AUGGCAGCUCGCAACACCCUCCGCCGGUCUCUGCUAUACGUUCCCGGCUCUUCACAGCGAUUCCUCGACAAGUCCCGCUCGCUGACUGCGGAUUGUCUCACCUAUGAUCUCGAAGACAGCGUCACGCCGCACAUGAAGGCGGAGGCUCGGUCGCUGGUGCGGAGAGCGAUUGAUCAGCCCACGCCGGAGAACAUUCGCGAGCGCGCGGUGCGCAUUAACUCGGUGGACAGUGGACUGGCGCUGGGGGAUCUGACGGAGGUGCUACAAUCACCAAACCUGACUACUAUUGUCAUUCCCAAGGUCAAUUCAGCCUCGGACCUGACCUUCGUCACGGAUGUCAUUAGCCAUACUUUGUCUCAGCUGCCAUCCCCCGAAAAGAGACCACCAAUCUCACUCCUCGCCCUCGUCGAGUCCGCCAAAUCCCUGACAAAUCUCUCCGAGAUCUGUGCCGCCUCACCCCUCCUCCAAGGAUUGAUUUUCGCUGCCGAAGACUUCGCGCUGGACCUCAGUAUCACGCGCACACCGUCAUUGACGGAGUUCCUGUUCGCGCGCUCGGCAAUUGCAACCGCUGCGCGGGCAGCGAAUCUCCCGUCUACGAUUGAUCUAGUCUGCACGGCGUACAAGUCCGACAAGGCAGAUGGAUCUCCACCAGCGGUGUUGCAGGAGGAAUGCCACAACGGACGCCGACUGGGAUUUAAUGGGAAACAAUGCAUUCACCCCUCGCAGGUGAAGGUGGCGAAUGAGAUCUUCGGGCCUGACCCGGCAGAGACGACCUGGGCGAUGCGCGUUGUCAUCGCGGAUGACAAGGCUGCUGCCGCGGGACGAGGUGCGUGGACGUUGGACGGUAAGAUGAUCGAUGUACCUGUUGCUCACAAAGCUCGAGCUAUUGUUAAAAAGGCCGAGGCCUGUGGUGUGGAUGUCAAGGCUUUGCGGGAGAAAUGGCAGCACCAGGAGCCUGAGUAA